AUGAAGGUCCUGGCAGCCACCCUGGUCACUCUGCUCCUCCUGGCCACCCUCUGCCCAGCUGAAGGUCACCUCGAUGGUGUCCCCAGCACGUGCUGCUUCAGCUACCAGAGGCAGCCCAUCCCUCUGCGCCGUGUCAGCUCCGUGUUCGUCACCAGCAGCUCCUGCAGCCUGCCGGGCGUGAUUGUGGUCACCCAGAAGAAGAAGCAGGUGUGUGCAGAUCCACGGGCAGCAUGGGUGCAGCAGCUCCAGAAGCACUUCCAGAGCCUGGAAAACUGAGCCUUCCCUGCUGACAGCCACAAUGCCACCCCUGCACAGCUUCCAGAGAGGAUUCGACCCCCAGCCGUCUUCAACGGGGAAAAUUAUUUUAUUUAACUUAUUUAAGUUAAACUAAAUAUUUUCUAAGGACAAAAAUUAUUUAAACUAUGUCAGAAUAAUACACUAAAAUAAAGAUCAUUUCAAUCAUA